CAAGCUCUCCUGCAGCACCUCUGUCACCGGGUUUUGGGGAGCAUGGCUGCUAAGAAGCUAAGAAGAGCAAGGUUGUCUCAGGAGCUGUGUGAAAGGCUGAGUCGCCAUCAGAUCACUACCUGUCAGGACUUUUUAUGUCUUUCCCUCUUGGAGCUAAUGAAAGUGACGGGACAGAGCUACUAUGAUGUGCAGAAGCUUCUUUGUAAAGUCAGCCGAGCUUGUGCUCCCAAAAUGCAGACAGCUUAUGAAAUGAAACUGAGGAAGUCUGCCAAUCCCUCUUCAGCCUUUUUAUCCACCACGCUGCAUAGUUUGGAUAAAGUCUUGCAUGGUGGAGUGCCCUGUGGAUCCCUCACAGAGAUAACUAGCCCACCAGGUUGUGGCAAAACUCAAUUUUGUAUUAUGGUGAGUGUUCUGGCUACACUGCCUAUAAGCAUGGGAGGACUAGAUGGGGCUGUUAUAUACAUUGACACAGAGUCUGCAUUCAGUGCUGAAAGGUUGAUUGAGAUAGCAGGAAACAGAUUCCCCGCUUAUUUUGACUCAGAUGAAAAGCUGUCCUGCAUGACCCGUAGCAUUCACCUGUAUCGAGAGCUGACCUGUGGCAGUGUACUGAAGAGGAUUAUGUCUUUGGAAGAAGAAAUUAUUUCAAAGAAAGUUAAACUCAUAGUAAUUGACUCUGUGGCUUCAGUUGUCAGAAAGGAGUUUGAUACAAAACUCCAAGGCAACCUGGCAGAGAGAAGUAAUUUUUUGGCUAGAGGAGCAUCAGUGUUGAAGUAUUUGGCAGAGGAGUUCUCAAUACCAGUUAUCUUGACGAAUCAGAUUACCACAUCGUUGAGCAAUGGCCUUGCGAUCCAGGCAGACCUGGUGUCUCCAGCUGAUGAUUUGUCCCUGUCUGAAGGAGCUUCUGGAAGUGGGAAGAGGGAAUCUGGUUGUGUGACAGCAGCCCUUGGCAACACAUGGAGUCACAGCGUCAACACCAGGCUCAUACUACAAUAUCAUGACUUGCUGACAAGACAGCUCCUGGUUGCUAAAUCCCCUGUUGCUCCAUUCUCCGCUUUUUUCUACACCAUUGAGAAAUCAGGCUUGGUUCUUCAAGAUGGAAAGGAUCAAACAAUUUUAACCUGGGAAGGAACCAAUCCUGCCCUGCAGACCAUACGAGUGAGAAACACUGCCUUGAAAGACACUUUACUUGAUGCUGCUUUACCCAGCACUAUUGGUGAGACUCCAAGCAAUACAUCCAAUCUAUAGAAAGGACAAAUGAAACCUCCACUAAGAAAUGAAUGAAUUACAUCAUUGGUUUUCAAAAAUCCGGUGAAGCAGAGAGUGAGCAUUCUUCUUCUUUUGUCUCUUUAAAGACUAACUUUAAAACCAAGUGCUGUUCUUUGUAUGCAUGG